UGGGGUUUUAUGUAAAGCUAUCGUCGUAGCAGCGAUGGUGCUGACGAGGAAGCGCAGCGCCGAGCUCGCGUUCCAGGAGAAACUCUACAAUGCGGACAUCUGGGAGUGCAUUGCGAGCUUCCUCGACGCGGCCGAUCUAGCGCACCUCGCCCUCACGGCGCGGUUCUUCGUGCCGAUAGCCAUGGAUGAGCGACUGUGGAAAGCGCUGUCGCUCAAGCGGCUCAAGAUCGGCAGCGAGGCGGCGAAAUUUCGGCCGCAUUUCAGCUGGAGAGAGCUCUAUCGAUCGGCAUUUGUCACUGGAAGCCAUAGCUACAGCAUCCAUGAACGCGAGAAACAUCGAGAUUGGAUGCGAAUAGGUGCUUUUACGCUCGUUUCCGGCAAGGCGCUCGCUGCUGGCAGGCUCUGGCAACGAAUCUCAAAGUCAAAGAAGAUGAAACUCGAUGAGAGCUCGGCAUUGUGCGUUGUGCCAAACGUGCUCCCUGGCAUCUGGAUCGCAGAUCUUCAUAGGAUGCGCUGCGGCGGUUGUAACUUGCCUGCAUGCACUGGGAGAAUGCAGACACUGGACUUUCGUAACUGGGAGUUGUUCCUGCACGAAGAGUUCCAGAACAGAACAUGGUCCUUUAAAGAAAUCGGAGUCAGGAACAUCCGUGAAAACUGUGACGCCGCAGCUGGAGCGGUGUUCGAUUACAAGCGCUUGAUCGACAAAGACACUGCCAAUUCAGGCAUUCUCAAUUUCAAAUCAUGGACCGCGAAGAACGGGAACUAUCAACCGACAAGCCGCGUCUCUCCCUUCGGUGCGGCUGGAUGUACCAAUCUUGAAAAGAAUGGCGGUUUGCAAGUCAAGUUCUAUGCCAUGCAUGCUGGGGUCGACGGGCCAGUGGUGGCCAUUCGCGUUUCCCAGCAACUAUUUUGACUGAUCGAUAAUGUGAAAGAAGGCCAAGUAACCUCUCCUACCUUUCAACAAAGGUGACAUCUUCUUCUUAACUUUUAGUAAGUGCCGUAGGUGAGAGCACCAUCCUAUCGAGGUUGAAACGCUAGAGUUCUUCGAAGCCGGUUUUACUUUGUGCUUGUUUUUUUACAGGUUGAAAAACACUUUUGUAUGUUCCGUAGCAAAAACCAAAUCGAGGUUGAAAUGCGUGGAGGCGUUUCUAAUUGUUCUUUUGAAAUCUUUGCGUCGCAGGUUGCAAGUCUCAUGUUCUCACGUCAGUCCUAAGACUGCUAAAAGCAGCUGGUCCCUUCGCUCUCUACUCGGAAGGAAAAACGAGUUGCUGAUCCAAUCGAUGACUAGUGGUGGAUGAUGCUCGGCUUUCAUCAGGAUGAUGGAGAUCACCAGGGGAUAAACUUCAAACCGUAUUUCAUUACCGCAGGCUUGUUAGUUUGAGCAGCUUCGUUUUGGGAUUGUUACAGCUAACAGGUCCUCGCCGGGCGCCUCCUCCUCUGGCAAAGAAUUGGAGCGCUGGAUGUACGUGUUGUAAGCCACCACCACGUUCUUCGUGUAAGGUAUGAUGGCAGCAGUAUAUUCUAGUGUCUAGUUUCCCUCAUACUCUAACAAUGUCAACUGAGGUUGCAUGUACCUCGAGCGGCAUUUUUCUUGAUUUUUUCCUUGGCCUGCCUGAUCGAUUCUUUUGUAAAAGAUCCCCUCCAGUACGAGUCAUCAGAUUAGAUUCAUUGCA